GCUCGAAGGUACAAAUUAGUUAAAUUGAGGUGAUUCCCCAAAACAAACAUGGCUGCGUUUGUUAUCAAACCCUCUCUCCUUCACUGUGUUUUAAGGACUGUAAGGCAACUUAGAGUGCGGCAGACGAGGGAAACGCCGUUCCUUUGGAGAAGCUACGCGUCUGAUGGAGACAACAGGGUGCCCAAAAUUUAUACCAAAACAGGCGACAAAGGUUUCUCAAGCACAUUCACCGGAGAAAGGAGACCAAAGGAAGAUCACAUUUUUGAAGCUUUGGGAAACACAGAUGAACUGUCAUCAGCUAUAGGCUUGGCCAGGGAAUUCUGCCUUGAAAAAGGUCAUGCAUUCACUCAUCAGUUAGACAAGAUACAAUGUGUUUUGCAAGAUGUUGGCUCCAAUAUUGCCACACCUCGGUCAUCUGCAAGAGAAAGUCAUAGAACUCGAACCAAUUUCACUGCGACGCCAAUAGCAGACCUGGAAAGUUGGAUUGAUGCAUUGACAGAGGAACUCCCACCUUUGACCAACUUCAUUUUACCUUCUGGAGGAAAGAGCAGCGCAGCUUUGCAUCUAGCUCGGACAGUCUGUCGUAGAGCCGAGCGCAGUGUUGCUCCAAUUGUGCGCUCAGGGGAGGCAGAUCCAGAUGUUGCCAGGUUUUUAAACAGAUUAAGCGACUACCUCUUCACUGUGGCCAGGUAUGCAGCCCUACAGGAAAACAAUAAAGAGAAAAUCUACACAAGACCUGAGAUGUAAGAAUUGUAUCGAAACUCAUUCAUCUGUGUAUUUUACACUUUGAGUAUAUAAAACAGUUAAAAAUCUUGA